AUGUUUCGCUCUCUCGCACGAAGCAGUCCUCGACUCACAAUUCUCCGCAUUCAUCUCAAUUUCGGGACCUACCGCCAUAUCAUGUCUGUUCCAACAACGAUGAAGGCCGUAGUGGUCGAGCAAACGGGAGGCCCUGAGGUACUCCAAUUUCGCACUUCUUACCCAGUGCCAACUCCUCAAGCUGGGCAAUUGCUAGUCCGAAACAAUAUCUCGGGAGUCAACUAUAUCGACACAUAUUUCCGAACAGGACUAUACGCCUCGCCCAAACCGGAAAUCCUGGGUCGAGAAGGUGCCGGCACUGUCGCAGCUGUGGGCCCCGAAACGACCGGGUUCAACGUCGGUGAUCGCGUUGCCUGGUUGGCGACUAACGGCUAUGCAGAACUCACUGCUGUCGCUGCGGCGAAGACAGUCAAGAUCCCCGAAGGGAUCACCGACGAGGAAGUCAUGGCGUCGUUCUUGAGCGGCUUGACAGUGCUUGCAUUUGCAAAAGAGACUUACCCCGUUCAAAAGGGCGAUUGGGUUCUCUUGCAUGCUGCGGCUGGAGGCGCUGGAUUCCUCAUGACCCAAAUUUUAAAGACCAUGGGCGCCAAGGUCAUUGGUACUGCCGGUGGUGCAGAGAAGUGUGACCUUGUAAAGAGUCUUGGCGCCGAUGUGGUGAUUGAUUACCGAAGUGAGGAGGGUAAGGAUUGGGUGAAAUUGGUCAAAGAAGCUACUGGUGGCCGCGGUGUUGAUGUUGUUUAUGAUUCCGUCGGCAAGGAUACGUGGGAGGGAAGCCUGGAAGCUGUUAAGCGCAAGGGCACGAUUGUCUGGUUCGGCAAUGCCAGCGGUCCUGUCCCACCGCUGCCUCUUCCCAAACUAUCACCCAAGUGUGUCAAAGUUGCCCGCCCGACUCUCUUUGGCUAUAUUGAGACUCGCGAGGAGUUUGAAUACUACACGAAUGAGCUGUUCAGCCUAUUGAAGUCGGGUCAGCUCAAGACUAAGAUCCACAAGGUGUACCCCUUGGAGGAUAUUGCUCAAGUGCACAAGGACUUGGAAGGACGUAAGACUAUGGGCAAGCCCCUUUUGAAGCCAUGA